AUGACUGACUUGGCCAACCAUUACGAAGACUGGACUCGGGCUCUCCAGCUCGCUAACCUACUUGCUGUUGCACAUCUUGCCGGCUACCAGUUCGCGUCCGACAAGAUUGCCUUGCACAACGUUCUGCAGCUGGAAGACAAAGACAUGGUUGUCAAGCAUUGGUUCCGCGGUUGGGACUUUGGACGAAAGUACGGUCCCACAAUGGUCUGCGGAACGGCUGGGGUAUUUGGCUUUCUUGCCUGGAAAGAUGGUACCGCUAGCCCUGCCUUUCUCUACAACCUCACCGCAUCGGUCCUCUCGAUCUUCGUCGCGCCGUAUACCCAGUUCCGAAUCUUCCCUCUGAACGACAAGCUGUUGCGAGAAUACAAGACAUGUGUGGGAAAAAAGAAAACGGAUGGAACCUCUGACGGCGUGAGCUUGGAAGUCGUCCGCGAGUGGGCUGCCGAAUGGAAGAGACUGGACAUGCACCGGCAGUUGCUGGCAUACCUUGCUGCCAUCUCGGGCCUGGUUGCGGUGCUAAAGACUUGA